CCGCCCGCGCAGAGGAAGUGUGUAUUAUAUUUAACAAUCCGGAAACUGACAGUGACUGGUUCCCACUAAAAAAUGUCCCGACUUAAACUCUCUCCCGUUUCUGUUCCGCCUGUGGAUAAGGAAACAAAUAGCGUCCCUCUGUUCCAAAAUCCACCAUGGCUCAGAGCUUUUUAAUGGAGGUGUGCGUGGAUUCCGUGGAGUCUGCAGUUAACGCUGAGCGAGGAGGUGCAAGUCGGCUUGAAUUGUGUUCAAGUCUUCUGGAAGGAGGCCUCACUCCUAGUCUUGGUCUUCUACAGGUCGUAAAGCAGUAUAUUAAAAUUCCAGUCUAUGUAAUGAUAAGGCCUCGAGGCGGGGACUUCCUGUACUCUGGCCAAGAAGUGGAGGUGAUGAAGAAAGACAUAGAGCUGAUGAAGACCCACGGUGCUGACGGUAUAGUAAUAGGUGCCCUGACAGAGGAUGGACGGGUGGAUGCAGAUCUCUGCAUGGAGCUGAUAGCUGCUGUACGCCCUCUGCCUUUGACCUUUCACCGAGCUUUCGACAUGGCCCACGAUCCAGCCGAGGCCCUGGAGACGCUCAUAUCAUUAGGAUUUGAGAGGGUGCUGACGAGCGGCUGUGACAGCACGGCUUUGGAGGGAGUGCCUGUUAUUAAACGGCUCAUUGAUCAAGCUAAAGGGAGGAUAAUUGUCAUGCCAGGAGGUGGUAUUACUGAGAGGAACCUACAGAGAAUAUUAGAAGGUUCAGGUGCUGAGGAGUUUCAUUGCUCAGCACGCUCCACCAGAGACUCGGCAAUGAAAUUCAGGAACAAAAGUGUGACAAUGGGGGCGACGAUCUCGGCACCGGAGUACGACCUGAAGGUGGCAGAUGUCAGCAAAGUCCGGAGUCUGAAUGCAAUUGCCAAGAAUACCUUGUGAUACCUCAUAAAAAAAGGACAGUUAUUUUAAUACAAUACAAUAAUGUUUUUCAUGUCAGGUUUUUUUUUUUCUGUUUUUUUUCAUUAAAACAGUGUGUAUUUUUGCCGCUCAGGGAUAAAACUGCUGUCUUAAACUCUAUCUUUGACGGUUUUAUGACUGAAGAGAAAAACUUUCAGAAGCAAUUCUGAGAUGUAAAGCACAACGCUAUACAAGAGAAUAACAGCAUUUUACAUCAUACAAUGGGAAAUCUGGAAAAAGAUUAAAAAAAAGAACCAUGGACAUAAAAUUAUACACUUACAGAAACAGAAAUAUAAAGAAAUCUAAAAAAGUUUUACUCAGGAAGAGAAAAAAACUGAAAGUUCUCGCAUUUAAACAUUUCAUCAGCCGUUUUCUAUUUAGAUGUUUCAUUUCAGUGUUCUCUUGUCUGAUACUGUGAUGUUUUGGAGAUUUUUAAAUUCCUUUGUUUUUGAUUGACUUUUGGAGGUUUUUCCCAUUUUGGUUUCUCUCGAUUCGUUCAGAGUAAUAAAAGUUUUCUUAUCUCUGAA